UUCAGAUCAGCCAUUUUGAGCAAGGUUUGAUGGACAAACUCGACUUCUGGUCGCAAAAUGAGUUUUUUAGGUUUUGGCCAGAGUGCUGAGAUUGACAUUGUAUUAGAUGGCCAAGAGAGCAGGAAAACUGCUGAAAUUAAAACUGAAGAAGGCAAAAAAGAGAGACAUUUUCUCUACUUUGAUGGUGAAACAGUAUCCGGCAAGGUGAAUGUCACCUUGAAAAAGAGUGGCAAUAAAUUGGAACACCAAGGUAUUAAAAUAGAAUUUAUUGGACAAAUUGAGUUGUAUUAUGACCGUGGCAAUCACCAUGAAUUUACAUCACUUGUCAAGGAAUUGGCUCGACCAGGUAUCCUAACCCAAAGUACCAGCUACAAUUUUGAGUUUUUACAAGUUGAGAAGCCAUAUGAAUCUUAUACUGGUGUCAAUGUUAGGUUGAGAUACUUUCUGCGUGUGACCAUUGUGAAGAGAAUCACAGAUGUAGUGAAAGAACAAGACAUCAUUGUACAUACCCUCUCACAGUAUCCUGAUAUGAACAAUAGCAUCAAAAUGGAAGUCGGCAUUGAAGAUUGCUUACAUAUAGAAUUUGAAUAUAACAAAUCCAAGUAUCAUUUGAAAGAUGUAAUAGUGGGCAAAAUAUAUUUCCUACUUGUCCGAAUAAAAAUCAAACACAUGGAAAUACAAAUCAUUAAAAGAGAGACCACAGGAACUGGUCCCAAUGUUUACAAUGAGAAUGAAACAAUUGCAAAAUAUGAGAUCAUGGAUGGUGCACCUGUCCGAGGUGAGUCUAUACCAAUUCGGCUGUUCCUAAGUGGAUAUGAUUUAACACCAACUAUGAGAGACAUCAAUAAAAAGUUUUCUGUCCGUUAUCACCUUAAUUUGGUUUUAGUUGAUGAGGAAGAACGUCGUUAUUUCAAACAACAGGAAAUCACUAUAUUCCGGAAAGCUGACAAAGUACGUAAAAGCAUCCAGGCCACAUUGCAAGCCCAGCAUGCUACGAUGCAGAGAAUGACUUUUCGUCGGGAACAGGCUGAAGCUAAUAAAGAUAACAGUAGUGAUGAUCAGUAAUGUUUUCUUCUUUUUGCAGUGAUUGCAUGUGGAGACCGAUAGCUCUGUCCGAUGACAAACCCUGAAACAGUAUAUAGUGACUGAUGAUGAUGCAAAAAUUAUGCUAUCAAAGGAGAUAUAUAUAUAUAUACACACACACACAUAUAUAUAUAUAUGUAUGUAUAUGUUUAGGCAGUGUCUUAACAUUGCUUCUGUUCUAUUACAAAGAAAUAUCCAAACUCUCUGUUGACCAAAAACUCUUAUCUAAUCAAACCAAAACAAAACAAAAAAAAACACUUUUCUUUUGUCUUUUCUGUUUAAUCCCUCUGCUCUUUUUUUUUUUUUUUAAUUGAUUUAUUUGUAAUUCUAUAUCAACUGAAAUUAUCAUGGACAUUUCAACAUUUUUGAGGGUCUUUUUUUUUUUUCUUCUUUUGUCUUGUUUUUCAAACAUUGUUGUUAUUCAUUUUCCUCUGUUAAUUUUCCCCCAGGAAAUGUCCUCAUCCACCAUACUGCUAAAAGUUAACGAAUAGUAAUUACACAUUCUCUUUCGAUCCCAUUCUUUCCUUCUCUCUCUCUCUCUCUCUCUCUCUCUCUCUCUCUCUCCUUUCCGUAUUAUAUACAGUGUAAAAAAAAAAACACGAAUAGCUGUUUUGAACUUGCUAUUUCUUAUGUUAAUAUGAUAUACAUCAAUUUACAUUAUUUUAUGAAAAAUAAAUAUUUGAAAAA